AUGACGAUCGACCCGGAAGGAGAAGCGCCUUUCAAGGUGGCAAUUGUCGGGGCGGGCAUCACCGGGAUAUCACUCGCAAUCGGCCUGCAGGCACGGAACGUCCCCUUCGCGGUCUACGAGCGAGCCAGGAGCUUCCGGGAGGUGGGCGCGGGCAUCGGCCUCAGCGAGAACGCCGAGCGCGCCAUGACGGCCGUGGCCCCGUCCGUCCGCGAGGCGUUCGAGAAGGUCGCGAUGCCCAACGGCGAGGACUACUUCCAGUGGGUCGACGGCUUCAACACCGACAGGCUCAUCUUCAGGCUUCACGUAGGAGACAACGGGUUCCGUGGCUGCCGGCGCUCAGACUUCCUCGAGGAGCUCAUUAAGGUGCUGCCAGAGGGCACAGUGAAGUGGGGAAAGGAGCUCAGGUCGAUAGAGGAAGACUCCCCGGAUGGGCGGACUACAUUGGUCUUCAAGGACGGGACUGAUGCCCGGGCAGAUAUUGUCGUCGGCUGCGAUGGCAUCCGGUCCCGCGUCCGGCAGCUGCUGCUCGGCGAGCAGGAUCCCGCCUCGCACGCCGGCUAUACACACAAGUACUGCUUCCGUUCCUUGGCGCCCAUGGACGAGGCGCUCAAGGCCAUCGGUCCGUACCGCGCCAGCACGCGCUUCAUGUACAACGGCCCCGACGCCCACAUCAUCACGUAUCCUGUGGCCGAGGGUUCCGUGCUCAACAUUGUGGUCUUUGUCACCGACACGAACCCUUGGCAUCCUAAUUCCGAGGGCGAAAGUAAUGCCGAGAAUAGCGGAAACAACAUCACCACUAUUAGUACCGGCGGUCGCAACGUCACGCACACCGGCAAAGGCUCCCGCGAAGGAGCACUGUCCGCUCUCGAGGGCUGGCAUCCGACAGCAAGGGCUAUCGCUGGACUCUUGCCGACGGGCGACAUUGAGAAAUGGGCGGUCUUUGACAUGCUCGACCAUCCGGCGGGGUCGUACGCCCGAGGAACUACAUGCCUUGCGGGAGAUGCGGCCCACGCGGCGGGGCCUCACCUGGGUGCCGGGGCAGGCUUCGGCAUCGAGGAUGCCGUGUUCUUGGCAACGUUGAUCGCACAGGCUGCGGAUGGCGUGAAGGCGGAUGGACCCGAAGGGAAAGGAGAGCUGGGAACAAGGAAGAACGAGUUGGCCUCAGAGGCGCUGCGAGUAUACAGCGAUGUGCGGUAUGAGCGCACGCAAUGGCUUAUCGGAGCAACUCGAGACGCUGUAGCACUUUUUCAAUGGCAGAAAGAUGACAGAGGGGCUGACCACGACAGGUUUGCAAGGGAGAUCACCCGGCUAUUUCAUAAGAUUUGGCAUUAUGACCUCGAUCUCGAAGUAAAGCAGGCCCGGGCGAAGCUCGCUGGACGCUUGACCUGA